ACUCACCCCACGGCCGCCCCGCGCCGCCCCCGCGGAUCCGCACAGAGGGGAAACCGGCCGGCCCCGCGCCGCCUGCCCGCGCCUGCCGGGCAGGAACAGAGCGGCGCCGGAGGGGUUUUACAGGCGCACGGAACCAAGUUCCGGUUCCGGCGCGGCUGUGGGGAACCAGGCCGGCCCGGCAGCCAUGAUGGAGCUGGAGCUCAAGGACCCCCGGGAAAGAGAGUCCGGGACACGAAGAAACUGAUCGCAGCGCAGACCGGCACCCGCUGGGACAACAUCGUGCCGGAGAAAUGGUUCACCAUCUUCAAUGCCCACGUCACGCUCGGGGACUAUGAGAUCCACGACGGGAUGAACCUGCAGCUCUGCUACCAAUAGCGGCCCCUCCCAGUACACCCCAGUACACCCCAGUCCCCUCCCGGUACAUCCCAGUACACCCCAGUCCCAUCCCAGUACACCCCAGUCCCAUCCCGGUACACCCCAGUGUCUCCCACCCCCAUUUUUACCCCAUUUCUCCCCCACGGAGCCGCUUUGAGGCUCCGAAUCUGCCCAAUUGUUUACAAAUAGAGGCGAUUUGGGGGCACCCCCCGCCCAAGCGGUGGCAGAUUUCGCGUGCUGUGUCUCUCAAAGCUGGGGUGGAUUGGUUUUUUUCGCGUUUUUUUCUGUGGCCGCCUGUCCCCUGGUGCCUUUGCGGAUUCGCCUCUCGCUCCCAGCCCAUCGCGCCUCCUUCGUGACCGCCUGUUGUAAUAAAUCAGCCGGGACUCCGCUUUUA